AUGUUCUUGAACAUGAUCUCGUUCCUGAUACUUUCCCUGGCGAGCCUCUUCUCCUACGGUACUCUCUUCCUCAACGCUCUUCUCGCCGACCACGACUGCGAUUUUCUCUUUUUUACGCAAAACUGCUCCUUCCUCCGGCGCAUGUUUUUGUAAGUGACCACGUGCCAAAAAGAGUCACCACCAACAAUAGAAUUGAUGAUUUUUCAGAUUCAGCAUCUUGUUGACAACACUCACGCACGCCUCGCUGGUGUUGGAGCGUGCGUACGCUACAUGCAAACUCGGAGAGUACGAGUAUAUGGGACCGAAACUCGGAAUCGCACUCGGAUCUGCUUCGCUGCUCUUAGCGUUUGCGGUUAUGGAAAACAUCACUGCUCACGAGGAUUCAUCGGAAAUGCUCACAAACUGUUUCGCAUUCUCAUCCUCACCUUCGAUCGGAGACAGGGUCUACAGCAUGUUCCGUUUCCAGCUAGCUCUCGAAAUCGUCACCUGGGCCGGCUACAUUUUUCUAAUCGAUUACCACAGAAAGAAGUAUUGAUAAAUCAAAUGGCAAAUCUUGUUUCAAUUUCAAUUUUAAGGGUCCGUCAACAAUCCGAGGGUCAUCUUGGAGAUCGUUUCCAGGGUCUUGAGAACAUGAUUGUGCUGAAGCAACUCGGCCCACUCAUUCUGACUUCCAGUGCUAUUAUCGGUGUGUACAUUGUCACUUCAUCAACCGGGCGACUCUUCCGUUCCUCAUUCACGCUUCCGCACUACAAGCAGUUUUUAUCGAGCAUCUUUGUAAGUGUUAUGAGCAGGGUUGGGAAGAAAACCUGAAUUUUUAACCCACUUCUAAUAAUCUGAUCGGAUCGGAACUUAGCGGGGUUCUUAGACUUGGGUUAAAGUUUAUUGGGUUCAAGUUUCAGACUAAUUGGAUUAUUUACUCAAGUCGAACUUCUUGUAAAUACCCGGCCUCAUACACGAGUGAAUCUCGUGGACAGAUAAUCCGAUUGGUCUGAAACUUGAAUUCAAGAUACUUCAAUCCAAGUCCAAGAAACCUGGACAGUUUUGAACCCAUCGGAUUAUUGCAAGUGGGUCAAAAGUCCAGGCCAGUGCCAUGAAUGAAUCAUGGAGCCUACAGACGAUAAAAAGAUAUGCCCAUACGCUUGAUUAACUUUAGUAGUUGAAUCAUAAGUUCGAAAUAUCAAAAUCUCGGUUUAGUGGUGUUGAAAAAAAGUUAUUUUUAUUCAGAAAUACUUAUUUUGCAGUUCAUGCCGCACAAUUCGCUCAUUUCCAUGAGUAUGUACUACUUCCUCUUCAAAUGGGGAUUCGAGGAGAAGAAAAAGCGAAUGGAGGAUACUCUCACUUCCCCAAUGAGCCAACGGAAACCGUACAUGGACCAGCUGAUGGACUAUUGGAAUAAAAACUACAAAAAUCGAUCCCAUGAUGGUUACAUCGCUCGUCUCGAUGUCUGA